AUGGAUUCGAGCGACAGUGGUCGCGGUUACUCCAAACGCGAGAGGGACGACGAGGAUUGGGAGUUUAGCGACAAGAGGAAGGAUAGGUCUAGGAAGUUCGGUAGCAAUGGGGACGAGGGCGAGGGUUCUGACGGAGGCGCCAGGAGGAAGCGCUCUAGCAGGACUGAUGGCGACGAUUAUGAUUCACGUUCGAAGCAAGGGGCCAAGAAGAGGCAGGAGGAGAGCACGUUGGAGAAGUUGAGCAGUUGGUACGAAGAUGGGGAAUUGGAUGAUAAGGUCGCCAGGAAGCGCGCAGGGGACGGCGAUUUUCACGAGAGUGUAGUGAGUAAGGAGGAUGUGAAGGGUGAUGGUGGCGGUGGUGGCCGGGAGAAGGGUGGGCAUGAGGCCCGGAGUUCGAGGAGGAAAUGGGAUGAGGUUGAUGCUGGUAGUGUGAGGAGGGCGCAGGAUGAGAAGGGGGAAUUCAGGAGUGGGAAGCGCGAUAGUUCAAGGGAUAGGGAGAGAAGUGGAUCUGCUAGAAGUGAGCAUGGGGAGGGUAAAGCCUCUGGUGGUGAUAGGGUUGUGAAGUCUAGUAGUAAGGAGGAUAGAAGGGGUGACUCUGAGAGAGGGAAGAGUAAGGGGAAGUCGGAUUCGGUGGAUGUGGGGCGCGAGGAGCGGGUUGAGAAGCCCAGGCAUCAUAGAACUUCUGCUGGUUAUGAUGGGGCUGAAACCUGGGAUAAGUCAUUUAAUGCAGAGGAGGAUGGGCAUGUGCGAGUUAGGGAUAAGAGUACUAGGGAAAGUGGGAACUCAAACAGGUCGAGGACACCUGAAAGGAGUGGAAAACGCCAUCAUGAUUCGGAAAAUGCUGAGGUGGAUUAUGAAAGAAGUGGUAGCUUUAAAAGGAAGGAGCAUGAGGGUGAUGGCUAUAAGGAUGAUAGAUCUAAAGGGAAAGAUGAUACUUGGAAUGACAGAAGAAAGGAUCGGGAAAGUUCGAAAGAAAGUUGGAAGAGGAGGCAACCGAGUAAUGCUGACAAAGAGAAAAAUGAGGAGGGUGCCUUUGAUGACAACAGAGAUUGGGAAUUACCCAGACAUGGUUAUGAGAGGAUGGACAAUGAAAGGCCUCAUGGACGGUUUGGUGGUAGAAAAGAUGUGAGUAGGGGGGAAGCUGUUAAAACAUCCACCAAGUAUGGGAUUUCGAAUGACAAUUAUGAUGUGAUAGAGAUCCAGACCAAGUUUUAUGACUAUGGGAAAUCAGAAUCCAUGUCCAACCAUACCAAGAGAACUGAAGCACAGCAGCAAUAUAUUGCCAAAUCAGGCACUAAUGAUGAAGAAUGGGCAUAUCAUCAAGAAGAAAGAGGAAGGAAGAGUGAUUUAUCUGGUUCUGGCACAACUGGUGAUGAUAUGAAGGAGAGAUAUACGGAUGAUGACUAUGAUUUUUAUGGGGGAAGAGGAAGAGGUCAAAAAGGUGGUGUAUCUGCCCGUGGUACUGGUGGCCAAGGUUCUAGUGGUGGUGGCUCACAGCCUCAACAUGGAAAUCCGGAGUCUGGAUCCUUUAACAGAGCUGGUCCACAAGGAAUGAAAGGGAACAGGGUUGGUAGAGGAGGAAGAAUUAGGCCUACUGGGAGAGACAAUCAGCAGGUUGGAAUGCCAUUGCCAAUGAUGGGAUCUCCCUAUGGACCUCUUGCGAUGCCUCCGCCUGGACCAAUGCAGCCUCUUUCACAUGGUAUGUCACCUGCUCCUGGUCCACCAAUUUCCCCUGGAGUCUUCCUUUCACCAUUUACUCCUGCUGUUUGGCCUGGAGCACGAGGUGUUGAUAUGAAUAUGAUAGGUGUACCACCUGCAGUGUCUCCUGUUCCCCCAGGUCCUUCAGGUCCAAGAUUUAAUGCUGCUAAUAUAGGGAACCCACCAAAUCCGGGAAUGUAUUAUAACCAAUCAGGACCUGGAAGAGGAAUACCCCCAAACAUUUCUACUCCUGGUUUUAAUCCUUCAGGAUCAAUGGGUAGAGGAGCCCCACCCGAUAAAACUCCAGGGGGAUGGGCUCCUCCUAAAAGUAGUGGAAAUCUUGGGAAAGCUCCUUCCAGAGGUGAACAAAAUGAUUAUUCUCAAAACUUUGUUGACACUGGUAUGCGGCCGCAGAAUUUUAUUAGGGAGCUUGAGCUCACAAAUGUUGUGGAGGACUACCCUAAGCUUAGAGAGCUUAUACAGAAAAAGGAUGAGAUUGUGGCAAAAUCUGCAUCUGCUCCUAUGUAUUAUAAGAGUGAUUUGAAAGAAUUUGAACUAUCUCCGGAUUUCUUUGGUACAAAGUUUGAUGUCAUUCUUGUAGAUCCUCCAUGGGAGGAGUAUGUGCACCGGGCCCCUGGUGUUGCUGAUCACAUGGAGUAUUGGACAUUUGAAGAAAUAAUGAAUCUCAAGAUUGAAGUAAGCUAUUAUUCUGUUUGUGUAAUUCAUUAUUUUGCUAGACUGUCUCAGUCUUGGCUUUUCCAUCCUACAUAG